UUCCCGCCAUAUUACCUUACCCAGAGUCAAAAACCAGCCCCAAAUCAUUUCCCUCCAAACGCUGAUUAUACUCUCUGCUUCACUCAGUCUGCAGCCAUGGCCUCCGAUUCUUCUCCAGCUCCCUUCAACAAUGGGCCUUCUUCUCCGGAUGAUUCCCUCUCGAGUCCCAUCGGCAACACAUUCUCAUCCCCCGCCGUCGACACCUCUCGCCGGAACAGACGCAGGGGUAGAUCCACUACCCCUUCUGCGUUCGCUACCCCUCCUCAUCCCCCAUCACGUUUCGCCACUUCAGAAUCAACCCCGACUCCUCGCCGGAGUAGGUCUAAUCCUCGUCAAGCUGCCGUUUCAACUCCAUCUUCCGCUUCUGAGUGCGCACCUUCCUCUGAAGGAGGUGAUGACAUGGAUGAAGCCACACCCACUUUCGUGUGGGGCACCAAUAUCAGUGUUCAGGAUGUUAAAUCUGCUAUCCAGAUGUUUCUGAAGCAUUUUAGGGAUAAUAAUCAAAAUCAAGGGACUGAGAUUUUUGAGGAAGGGAAGUACAUGAAAGCAAUACAUAGAGUGCUGGAAAUUGAAGGGGAGUGGCUUGAUGUUGAUGCGCAUGAUGUGUUUGGUUAUGAUUCUGAUUUAUAUACGAAGAUGGUUAGGUACCCACUUGAGGUUUUGGCCAUCUUUGAUAUUGUUUUGAUGGAUAUUGUGAGUUUGAUUAAUCCUUUGUUCGAGAAGCAUGUGCAAGUCAGGAUUUAUAAUCUCAAGACUUCCACGACUAUGAGAAAUCUCAACCCUUCUGAUAUCGAGAAGAUGGUAUCCCUCAAGGGAAUGAUAAUUCGUUGCAGUUCUAUAAUACCAGAGAUCAGGGAAGCAAUUUUUAGAUGUCUUGUGUGUGGGUACUUCUCUGAUCCCAUUGUUGUAGAUAGAGGAAGAAUAAAUGAACCUACAAUAUGCAUGAAGCAAGAGUGUCUUGCUAGGAACUCUAUGACAUUGGUUCAUAACCGAUGCAGGUUUGCUGAUAAGCAGAUAGUGAGGCUCCAGGAGACACCUGAUGAGAUCCCUGAAGGAGGAACACCUCACACAGUGAGCUUGUUGAUGCAUGACAAAUUGGUGGACACUGGAAAACCUGGUGACAGAGUUGAGGUCACUGGGAUUUACAGAGCUAUGAGUGUUAGAGUUGGAUCCACGCAAAGAACUGUAAAAUCAUUAUUCAAGACUUAUAUUGAUUGUCUUCAUAUAAAGAAAACUGACAAGUCAAGAAUGCUGGCAGAGGAUCCUAUGGAAGUUGAUAAUGGCUCACAUAGAGUAGAGGAAGAUAUCCAGUUUGAUGAAGCGAAAGUAUGUCCACAUAUGCUUUCUUCUGUCCUGGAAGAAAUUUUGUUCAUUUUGUCCACUUUGACACAUUCUUGUUUGAAAUUCCAGAUAAAUCAAUUAAAGGAGCUGUCUAGACAGCCUGAUAUCUAUGACAGACUAACAAAGUCCUUGGCACCAAACAUUUGGGAGCUGGAUGAUGUGAAGAGAGGUCUUCUCUGCCAGCUCUUUGGUGGGAAUGCCCUGAAGCUGCCAUCUGGUGCUAGCUUUCGUGGUGAUAUCAAUAUCCUUCUUGUGGGUGAUCCUGGAACUAGCAAGUCCCAGCUGCUACAAUACAUACACAAAUUAUCUCCCCGUGGCAUCUAUACUAGUGGAAGAGGGAGUUCUGCUGUUGGCUUGACUGCAUAUGUUAGCAAAGAUCCUGAGACAGGGGAAACGGUUCUGGAGAGUGGAGCACUUGUUCUGAGUGACAGAGGGAUCUGCUGUAUUGACGAAUUUGACAAAAUGUCUGAAAAUGCACGGAGCAUGUUGCAUGAGGUGAUGGAACAGCAAACUGUCUCUAUUGCAAAGGCUGGAAUUAUUGCUUCCCUUAAUGCAAGAACGUCAGUAUUAGCCUGUGCAAAUCCUAUUGGCUCACGCUACAAUCCUCGGUUGUCUGUGAUUGAUAACAUACAUCUUCCUCCUACCUUGUUAUCCAGGUUUGAUCUCAUAUACUUGAUUCUUGACAAGGCUGAUGAACAAACAGAUAGGCAUCUUGCCAAGCAUAUUGUUUCCUUGCACUUUGAGAAUCCUGAGAUUGCCCAGCAGGAUGUCUUAGACAUUGCUACAUUAACUGCAUACGUGAGCUAUGCUCGCAAGCAUAUUCAUCCAAAGUUGUCUGAUGAAGCUGCUGAAGAGUUGACUCGAGGAUAUGUUGAGAUGAGAAGGAGAGGAAAUUUCCCUGGUAGUACCAAAAAGGUGAUAACCGCAACACCUAGGCAGAUAGAAAGUUUGAUACGCCUAAGUGAAGCUCUGGCACGGAUUCGUUUAUCAGAAUGGGUCGAAAAGAGUGAUGUAAUCGAGGCAUUUCGACUUCUGGAAGUUGCAAUGCAACAAUCAGCAACAGAUCACUCCACGGGAACAAUUGAUAUGGAUCUCAUCACAACCGGAGUUUCAGCAAGUGAAAGGAUGAGAAGAGAGAAUCUUGUAUCUGCAACCCGAAACAUAAUUAUGGAGAAGUUGCAACUUGGGGGACCUUCAAUGCGCUUGUUAGAGUUACUGGAUGAGCUGAAGAAGCAGAGCUCUGGCAGCGAAGUUCACCUUCAAGAACUGAGAAAUGCAGUAGCAACUCUAGCAGGCGAGGGAUUCGUAGUUUUCCAUGGUGACAGUGUAAAAAGGGUAUAAUAGGUUUGAUAGCAGGAGGAAUGGGAUAGUAAAUCUAUUUGUGUGGGGUAUGAAAAGCUCUGGCUGUAUUGUUAGAUGAAAGUUCCCCAGCUAUGCUAGAUCAGUAGAUUUUUUUUUUUGUUCGAAGCUAGAUCAGUAGAUUGAAAGAUGUAUUAACUAUUGCAUGAUUGUAAAUUUAUAAAUUCUUUCAUAGUUUUGAAUUAAAACUAACUUUUUAA